AUGGCCUCGGCUCGCGUGGCCCGCAAGCAGCCGGCCGGCCUCUCGGCCUUCUCCGGCUUCAAGCAGGCGUCGUCGCUGAAGCUGGCCAACCGCUCCGUGUCGGCUGACGAGGCGUUCGUCGCGGCUUCUUCGCGCGCCGUCGCUGCGGCUGCCGCUGGCAACAAGUCGGCGACCACGGCCAAGAAGUGCCGUGUGGCCAUCAACGGCUUCGGCCGCAUCGGCCGCAUGUUCGUGCGCUGCCUGGACACCCGCGAGAACUCGAACCUCGAGCUGGUGUGCAUCAACGGCGGCUCCGGCGGCGUGAAGCAGGCUGCCCACCUCCUCAAGUACGACUCGACGAUGGGCACGUACGACGCCGACGUCCAGAUCGUCGACGAGAACACCCUCUCCAUCAACGGCAAGAAGGUCGCCGUCGUCUCUGGCCGCGACCCCACCCAGCUGCCGUGGGGCGAGAUGGACAUCGACAUCGUCAUCGAGGGCACGGGCGUGUUCAUCGACGAGGCCGGCGCCUCCAAGCACCUGCAGGCCGGCGCCAAGAAGGUGCUGAUCACGGCCCCGGGCAAGGGUGCCAUCCCCACCUUCGUGUGCGGCGUCAACGAGGGCGACUACGACCACUCGAUGAACAUCGUCUCGAACGCCUCGUGCACGACCAACUGCCUGGCUCCCUUCGUCAAGGUCAUCGACGAGAAGUUCGGCAUCGUCAAGGGCACCAUGACGACGACGCACUCGUACACGGGCGACCAGCGCCUGCUGGACGCCUCGCACCGCGACCUCCGCCGCGCCCGCGCCGCCGCGCUCUCGAUCGUCCCCACCACGACGGGCGCCGCCAAGGCCGUCGCGCUCGUCCUCCCGGGCCUGAAGGGCAAGCUCAACGGCAUUGCGCUGCGCGUGCCGACGCCGACGGUCUCGGUCGUGGACCUGGUCGUCCAGGUCGAGAAGAAGGCGAUGGCCGAGGAGGUGAACGCCGCGUUCAAGGCCGCCGCGGAGGGCCCGAUGAAGGGCAUCCUGGCCAUCACGGACGAGCCGCUGGUGUCGGUGGACUUCAAGGGCCUCGACGUGUCGACCACGAUCGACGCCGCGCUGACGAUGGUGAUGGGCGACGACAUGGUCAAGGUGGUCGCCUGGUACGACAACGAGUGGGGCUACAGCCAGCGCGUCGUCGACCUCGCGGAGGUCAUGGCCGCCAAGUGGGAGUAA